ACGGAGGCAUGAAUGCAAAGGAUUCAAAGCGAUGAAGCACUAGAAAUUGCAUUUAAAUAAAACUAAGCAAGGUUAAACUUAGCAAGAAGAGAAAGGGAGUGGAGAAGCCGGAUAAGUAUGCCUGCUGGGAACAAGAAGGAACGAUUUUACAAAGAUUUUGAUUUUAGCGGAUCAACUGUGGGGCUGAGAAUAUGAAUAAAAAUCAGGCACAAGAAAAAACAAUGGAUUUUAUUAAAACAAUGAACAAAGAUAGUGCUGAUUCAUUUGAACCAGUGAAAGUUAAGAGGAAGUCAAAAAAGAAGAAAAGUUCCAACGAUGGUCCUUCGCAGAAGAAAAGAAAGAGAGACGAUGAGUCAAUAAAAGACGAUGUUUCUGACAAUGUCACGGACGAACAACAGGAAAGUUUGCCUGAUGAGCUGGCUGAUGCCUCGCCAGAAAGUUCAACACUCCAAGAGAGCUGGGAUGACAGCAAUGAUUUUGGAGAUGACUUUAUUCCACCAGAGACCACUGGCUCCUUAAAAAUGAAAGUUGUAAAAAGAGGAGGAAAACUAUAUAGGGAAGGUGGACGGAAGAGCUCAAGGCAACCCACAAGACUUGAAAGGGAAGGAGUUGUAAAUAUUGAUGAUGUUAACCUUGACCAAGCUUUGAUAUCAGAGGAGCAAAGUCAAUCAUUUGAAGAGGCAGAACUUAAAGCAAAACAGAAAAGACCCCAUAAAAGAAAAACUGGGCAAGCUAGAAUUAAAGAUACUACUCAAAGUAAGAAGAUUCGAGCUGAAAAGAAGAAGGCCAGAAAAGCAAUGAAAGAAAAGGGAAAUCCUGUUGGGUCUCCAAAGAUUGAGCAUCAGGCAUAUUGCGAAGCCUGUGAUGAUGGUGGUGAACUGCUCUUGUGCGAUACCUGUACCUUGUCAUACCAUCUUACAUGCCUUGACCCCCCACUUGAUGAGCCUCCAGAGGGUGACUGGAGUUGUCCAAAAUGUGAGGAAGAUCAUCUUGGAGAUGAAGAGGAAAGUGAAGAAGAGCAUGGAGAAUAUUGCAAAGUUUGUAAAGACGGUGGUGAAUUAUUAUGUUGUGAUUAUUGUCCAGGAACGUAUCACAUGAAAUGCUUGAAGCCAGAGCUUAUUGGCCUUCCUGAAGGUGAAUGGAAAUGUCCACAUUGCAAGGCUGAUCCAUUGCCGGAAAAGGUUGAAAGAAUACUCUUUUGGAAAUUUGUGAUGCAUGAGCCAACUGAGGAAGAAAUCAAAGCUGGUGCUAAACCAGGCUUAUGUCAGAUACGCAAGUUCCUUGUCAAGUACCAGAAUCUUUCCUAUUGGAAGUGUCGGUGGAUCGAUGAGGUCCAGCUUGAAAAAUAUCAUGCUCCACUGUUUCGGGUUUUUUGUCGAAGAAAUGACAUGAAUGAUCCCCCUGUCCCUGAAGAUGGCACCGAAGAAAACGAAUCUGAAGAAGAGACUACAGAACCUAAGAAUAAUUUGGAAGAGAGGUUCUACAAAUAUGGCAUCAAACCUGAGUGGCUGCAGAUUAAUCGAAUACUCUGGCAUAAGGAGAAGAAAGGCCGUGUUUCCUAUUUGGUUCGUUGGAAGGAGCUUCCUUAUGACCAAAGCACAUGGGAAUCGACUGAAGACGAGGAUAACUCCGAAAUAAGUGAUUUCCAGGAUUACAUCAAGAAAUACCAGGACCUAAGAGAGAAUUACGACAAAAGACUGAAACAGAAAUCAUCAAAGAAGCAGAAAGCUAAAAAGCAAAAGUACACAGGAAAUUGUGAAGAGAAGUAUGAAAAGCAGCCAGCAUACCUGGAUGCCAAUGAGGGACAGCUGCAUCCGUACCAGCUAGAAGGACUCAACUGGCUCAGGUUUUCUUGGUCACAGGGAACUAAUACCAUUCUUGCAGACGAAAUGGGGCUGGGGAAAACAAUUCAAACAAUUGCCUUUUUGUAUAGUCUGUUUAAAGAGGGACACAGCCAAGGCCCCUUUCUAAUAUCUGCCCCAUUGUCGACAAUUAUCAACUGGGAGCGUGAAUUCGAAUUCUGGGCACCUGACAUGUACGUGGUCACCUACAUUGGAGACAGGGACAACAGAGCGGUCAUAAGAAAUUACGAAUUUUCUUUCGACGAGGAUGCCGUGAAAGCAGGGAAGAAGCCAUACAAAAUGAAGAAAGACAGUCCCGUGAAGUUCCACGCGCUACUGACGUCAUAUGAGUUGGUUUCUAUUGAUGCAAACACCUUGCAGUCAAUUGACUGGGCGGUCCUCGUUGUCGACGAAGCCCAUAGGCUCAAGAACAGCCAAUCAAAGUUCUUUAAAAUUCUUAAUGGAUACCCCCUGGAAUACAAACUACUGCUGACGGGCACGCCGUUACAGAACAAUUUAGAAGAGCUUUUUCAUCUACUGAACUUUCUCUCGCCAUCAGAAUUUUAUGACAAGAACUUCUUCCUUUCAGAAUUUGAAGACAUAGCUAAGGAAGAUCAAAUUAAAAAAUUGCAUGAAAUCUUAGGCCCUCACAUGUUGAGAAGAUUGAAGCAUGACGUACUGCAGGGAAUACCCACGAAGAGCGAGUUCAUUGUCAGGGUAGAGCUAACCCCCGUCCAGAAAAAGUUUUACAAGUAUAUUUUAACUAAAAACUUUGAAGCAUUGAAUUUGAAAGGUUCGACCCCCGUCUCCCUUUUGAACAUAAUGAUGGAGUUAAAGAAGUGUUGUAAUCAUCCGUACCUGUUUGCAAUGGCUGCAGAAGAGGCACCCAGGGUGCCACCGCAUAAUGCUUUCCGGGCAAAGGAGUUAAGCGAGGCUAGUGGCAAGCUAGUUUUGCUGGAGAAAAUGCUGCGAAGGCUAUUUGCAGAGGGACACAGAGUGCUCAUAUUCUCACAGAUGACGAGAAUGCUUGAUUUAUUGGAGGACUUUAUGGAAGGACACGGGUGGAAGUACGAAAGACUUGAUGGCUCGAUCACAGGGAGUGUCAGGCAGGCCAGCAUUGAUAGGUUCAAUGAGCCAGCAUCCGACACGCAUGCAUUUCUGUUGUCAACGAGAGCGGGUGGCCUUGGCAUCAAUCUUGCAACUGCUGACACAGUCUUUAUUUAUGAUUCCGAUUGGAAUCCACACAAUGAUAUCCAGGCCUUCAGCAGGGCUCACCGUAUAGGACAACGAAAUAAGGUUAUGAUCUACCGUUUUGUGACACGUGGCUCCGUCGAAGAACGAAUCACGCAAGUUGCAAAGAAAAAGAUGAUGUUGACUCAUCUCGUAGUCAGGCCUGGAAUAGGGCAGAAAUCAGCCGUCAUGUCGAAAGGAGAGCUCGAUGACAUAUUGCGGUUCGGUACUGAGGAUCUCUUUAAGGAUGACGAAAUUGUAUCGAACGAUUCUGGCCAAAUUUUCUAUGACAUGAAGGCUGUUGAAGAACUCUUGGAUCGGUCAAACGAAGGAAUUGAGCAGAAAGAGAGUUCUAUGAACGAAUACCUCUCUUCUUUCAAGGUUGCCAGCUAUGUCGUGAGAGACAAAGACGAGGGUGAAGAUAGUGAUGUCGAAGUUCUUAAGCAAGAGGCCGAGAAGCCGGAUCAUGCCUACUGGGAGAGGCUGUUACGUCAUCAUUAUGAACAGGAGCAAGAGUACGUUGCAAGUACACUUGGGAAGGGAAAACGGGCAAGGAAACAGGUCAAUUAUGUCGAUGGCACUAUAAUGGACCCUGGACCAUCCCGCUUGUUAUUCACAGUGGACGACGGCUCAGAUUUCGAUGGUGAUGAUUAUCAUGAUGACGACGAUGACGAGGAUGAAGACGACAGCAUCGGCAUUAAGGAAGGAAAAGGUCGCAAAGGUAAAAUGAAGAACGACCUCCCGCCAUUGUUGUCAAGGGUUGGUGGACAUAUUGAGGUGUAUGGUUUCAAUCCCAGACAGCGAAGGUCCUAUCUUACGGCUGUCAUGCGUUAUGGACUGCCACCGAAGGAUUUCAAAGUCGCCAAGGCCAAAUGGUGCAUUCACAAUCUUAGGGGAAAGUCAGAGAGAGCUUUUCAGGCCUACACUGCCAUGUUCCUACGACAUUUGUGCGAGCCUGGUGCAGACAAAACUGACACCUACAGUGAUGGUGUUCCACGCGAGGGUGUCAACAGAAUGCAAGUUCUUUCAAGAAUCGGUAUCAUGAGCCUUAUAAAGCGAAAGGUCGACGAGUUUGCAGCAGUAAACACAUUCAUACAUACAAUUAUAAACGAAUCUGGCACAGUCUCUCCUAUCACCAUGACACCUAGUGCAACACCAAGCGCUACCCCAGCCCCAACUGCUACGGCCAGUACUAAUGACAAGCAAGAGGAAAUUAAGGGUGAUCAGAAAGGUGAUCAGAAAGCUGAUCAGAAAAGUGAUCAGAAAGGUGAUGAUGCAGCCUCAGAUGAGAAGAAGGAGAACAGCGAGACGAAAGGUGACGAAAAGGAAAGCAAAGAUUCGCAAGAUACCAAAAGUGAUGCCGAGGCAAUAAAAAAAGUUGUUGAAGUGAAUGAAAAUGGCGGCGAUGAUGUGGUAAUGAAGGACGAUGUCGAUUCGAAGAUGUCUGAAAAGGAAGUAGCCGAAAAUGGUGAACAAGAAACUAUAUCAAAAGAAGAAAAGGAGGUGGCAGACAAAAGUAAAGUGGACGCAGGCGAAAGCAAUGAGAAGGAGGACCAGAAAAAGGAAGAGGGGUGUAAAGAAGAGAAGGAAGAAUCAAAGAAAGGAGAAACAAAUGUUGCUGAUAAUAGCGAACAAGAGAAAGAAGGGAAGAAGAAUGAAGAAAAUACUGCAGAAAAUGGUGACAGCAAGGUAUCUGAAAGUGAUUUAUCAGCCGUCCCGAAACCAGAGAAUAAAUCUUCAAACUCGAAACCAGCCACCCCCAGCUCAGUGUCUGAGAGCUCAUCCUCAAGACCCUCCAGUACUACAGGGGCAUCAACUACAAAGGAACUGCCAAAAUUUAUGUUCAAUAUCGCAGAUGGAGGCUUUACGGAGCUCCAUGUUCUUUGGGAGGCUGAAGAAAAAAGAAAAUAUGAUAAUAUAUGGUGGAGAUACCACGAUUACUGGCUGCUUGUUGGAGCUGUUGUCCAUGGUUAUGGUAGAUGGCAAGAUAUUCAGAACGACCCACGUUUUGAUACAAUCAACAAGCCGUUUCUACGCAUGUCAAUUGAUUACAAGAAUAAGUUCAUUGCUAGACGUUUCAAGUUGCUUGAGCAAGCAUUGAUCGUUGAGGAGCAGCUGAGGAGGGCUACCCUUAUGAACGUCAAACAGGACAACAGCCACCCAGGAAUGGCGUUGCAGUCGCGAUUCGCAGAGCUGGAAUGUUUGGCAGAAAGUCAUCAGCACCUCUCCAAAGAGUCAUUGCAAGGUAACAAACCAGCAAAUGCUGUUUUACACAAAGUACUAAACCAACUCGAGUCUUUGCUGUCUGACAUGAAGGGUGACGUUGCCCGUCUUCCUUCAUCGCUUGCAAAGAUGCCGCCCAUUACGAACAGGCUAGGAAUGUCUGAACGGGCGAUAUUAAGUCGCCUGGCAACAGGGGGGCAAAUAACAACAACUGCGACAACAAUUUUUACUGGUACUCCACCUCAUAUUGUGGGGCAGCAUGCUGUGGGGGCACAUUUGACGCCUGGUGUUUUAACAUCAGUGCCGCACCCAGCAGUGGCUUAUGGUACAUCACCCACUGUUGAUCGACCGUCUAUUUCUGUUGGCACUGGCACAAAAGUUAUAGUUGGGCCAGCUCAGGCAGGUCACCUUGGAGAUUUACCACACAGCUCCUCGUUUCCUGGUACUUUAAAGACAUCUAGUCAUAGUCCACACCUGGCAGAAGAUGUUGAUCGUUCACCAGCGGCUAGUAGCCCGAGCUUUAGCCAUUCAUCUGGAAAGUCGUCGCCCUUGGCCGCCAAGAUGUCGUCAUUGAUAAGAGAGAAAGCUUCUGAUCUUGGUUUGUUGAAGAAACCGGACGGAAAAGACUCAAACGAGAAAUCAAACAAGAAUGAAACCUUUAAAUAGCUUAGGUUACUCGUUAUGAAUACAAUUUAAAUUAAGGUCCUAAAUUAAUUUAUCAGCAGAUUAUGUAGAUGGUGCAGUAUAUUGUUAGUGGCGCGUAGCCUUGUCUGGAUGUAAAAAGUUGUUUUAGGGACGCUGGGAUUAUGGUGCACACUCAAGCGGUCGUCAGAUUUCUUGUUAAGAUGAAUAGCUGUCACAAUGGCUCUGAAUAGGACUGCCUCUGUUAUUUUUUUGGAUUGUUCAAUGCUAAUCAUCUUCCUGUGGUCAACAGUUGAAUGAUUUUACAAGGUUUAGGUUGAAUAUUGUGCAAUUUUCAAUAGAGCAGUCAAAGGCAGUGAACCAUUUAUCAGAUACCAGAUGACUGUCCGCUCUCCAGGUGUCCGCUCUCCAGGUGUUCACUGUUUAGAUGUCGUUUCUGUAAGGCUGCAAAACUAAACUUUGCAACUGAUUUGUUUUCCUGUUGUUUUGAGGUGUCUGUUUUUAGGCGCUGUCCGUCGCUGGGAGUUGUUUGGUAGAUGUUCAACCAUACUUAGAGUUUUAUUUAUUUGUUACUGGAAAUACGUUAUAUCGUUUUCCUCUACUUUUCGUCCACCCCAGUCCUCCCUUUUGCCGCCAUUAAUCAGCUCUGUCCAGCCUUCAUUUCGUUUUUCAUUUCAUUCCAUACAUUUCUUAUGAAACGACAUACAUUACUUGUUUAUUUUUUUUAUAGAAAAUAUGGCCUUUAAACAGGAUAGUUUAGAAUAAUCUGUCUAGAUAAAGUUUGGAAUCACAAAUUGCAGUCUUUGAAUAGAGACACUUGUUUGAGCUUAAGCGCUAGGCAGUCCCUUCAAAUGGUCCUGCGCUUAAAUGCCUAGCAUUUCUAGUCUCAGUUGGUCCAAUGUUCCCUCGACAUCAUUGCCCGCAAUCUUUGUUUUUUCAAAUAUGAUUGCUUUCCAAUAAAGUGCCGGGAGAUUGUUGCAAGUCAAGUAACAAUUUGCAACCGAAGCAUACAACAAGACUACUUGAGUUGUCAUUUAGUAGAAACUUCAGUUAAAUUGUAAAUACAUGUCGAGUUUCUUUUUAUCCCCUUAGGACUGGGUUUUGCCUGUUGUAUGAGUAGAGAACCUCUAUACGAAGUUCACUGAUAAUUUACGCUAUCAUCUUGCCAUGUUAUUUCCAAUGACUCAAGACAUUUGUUUUCCACUCUCAUACUCGAAGUUUUGUACCCAAACAUCCAGCUCCAUAUUGUCAUAAGUUGCCUUUGAAAAGGAGUUAGUAGUGUAUCAGUAAUUUGUAGUGGGGGCAAAAUGGUGCAUCUGACACCCUUAAGGGUAAUUUCGAGCUGCGUCACCCCAAUUGUGUAAAUAGGUCAAUUACAUAGAAUUUAGAUUGAGGCUGUAUUACUCAUUUAAUUAAAUUGUAUAGUAGAAGAAAUAGUCCAAUUUUUCGCUUUUUUACCUGCAUGAAAUUCAAAGGUAUUAUCUUGUCUCUUGUGACAUCAUAAAGGCCUGCUAGGGCGUUAAUAGGAUGACGGAAAUAAUUCCUUUUCGGGAAAAAUCUAUCCAGUUUGUAACAACUUGAGCUCUGCAUUGUAAUUCUUGCAUCUUACAAUCUUAGACCAGGUACGAGGGACUGAAAGCAUUGCCAUCGUUAUAGCAGUUAAAUUUUGAUUGCAAAUUACUUCAGAUUUGAAAAAUGUCUUCACUUACGAUACUGCAAUAUUACAAGUUUGUUAAAAACAAACGGCCACUUUACUAAAGCGGUCUUUGCAUGACUCAGACCGACUCAAGAGACUGGAAAGUUGACCAUGACCACAAAGGCAACAAAAUUUAUACCGUAUUUCCUCUAAUGGACGCCCCCUCUGAUAAACGCCCCCUCUGAUAAACGCCGCCCUCUAAUGAACGCCAAAACCACACCAAACAAGAGGUAACGAAUAGUUUAUCAUUUACUAUUCGAAAGCUAUUAAAGUUGUCAUGUCAUAGAGACGAGGACUCUGACGGAAACAGGAGUAUUGAUAUUCCUUGACAUUUUCAUAACGUGAAGUUUAAAAAAUUUCUCACCAGUCUUUAUUACGUGCUUUUGGGA